CUACAAUCUUUCAGGAACAUUCAAACUGAAAAGAUAACUAAAACCUUAAUAGAAAAAUGUCUAACAUCGACUUUUACUACUUUGUCGUAAGUCCUUAUUGCAGAAGCGUUCUUUAUGCUGCUGAGGUGCUAGAUGUAAAAUUGAACAAGAAAGUGAUCAAUCUUUUGAAAGGAGAACAGAAAAAUGAAGAAUUUGUUAAGUUAAACCCUCAUCAUAAAGUCCCUACUCUUGUUGAUGGGGAUUUUGUAUUGGGUGAAUCCAGAUCCAUCCUUACCUAUCUUUUCAACAAGUACGGUAAAUCCAAGCACGAAUAUCUCUAUCCUAAAGAUUUGAAGAAGAGAGCUAAAAUUGAACAAUUUUUAUACUAUACUGCAACAACAGUUGCUCCGGCCGUUCUUGGUUAUUUUGCGGGAAUUUUCUUCGGAAAGAGAAAGCCAACAGAGGAGGAGACAACUAAACUCGAAACAGCUUUGAAUGACCUUGACAAGAUUUACUUUCAGAAUUCACCUUUCAUUUUUGGUGAUAAACCGACUCUAGCAGAUUUCGAUUUGGCACCAGUCAUUCUCCAUUUGGAAUUGCUUAAAUACGAUUAUUCGAAAUACCCUGGAAUUUCUAAAUUUAUCGCCGCAGUCAAAAAAUCCGAUUGGAUUACAGAUACUGAAUUAGAGUUCAAACAAACAGCCGAAGCACUUAUGAAAGAUUUCAAACCUUCAGCCUAAAAACUUUAUAAACAAAUAGUAUUAAUUCAGUUUUAUAAAACCCCGUGAUUUGUUUCCGUCAUCUUUUUGAUAAUUGUAGAUUGAUUACUUAGUAAUAAAUAAAUCAAAAGUAUUCGUAUCUUUUAGUUUUAUUAUCACAUUCCUAAAUGGAAAUUAGUUGCAAAAUUUAUAUUUA